AUUGCACGAAUGGACACACACCACGGCACGUCUAAUUUAUACUGCCAAAACGUGCACUUUUAAGUUACAAAAAACACACCUCGACGCAAACUGCAUUCGUUCGCGAGGCUCGCUGGGAGGGAGUGCUCCUGCGAAACGCAUAUUUUGUCGUUGCUGUAAACGCGUAACGCAACAUUGUUUUAUUGCAAAGUUAAAUACACUUCGAGGCGUGUAAAUGGUGCAGUGCAGUGGACGUAUUCGCACAGUCAGCAGCAGCAGCAGCGGCAGCGCUGCACCGUCAUAGCCGUAUCUCGAUUGAAGUCAGUCAAGUCUUGUCUAAAAUAUAGGCAGGACUUAAAAACAUUAUCGUAGCAAGGCUAAACAAUUGUCAACGCCGUUAGUGCACUGCAGUGUACGCGUUUCACCAAUGUCGUAGUACUCGCCGGACGCGCGGUUUGCUGCAAGGCCGCGCUUGUACUCUAUCACGAUUGUCUCAUAUUUAUAGCGAACACACGCGGGUGGGAGUCGUCUGAUCGUCGUUAACACCGUCAAUCAAUACACUUUAAAUUGUUGCUACAUUGGAGAAGGUCACCAGCGAUGUUGUCGUGGCUCAGAAGGCUCGCGAGCGCGGCCGCGGGCUCUACGCUCCGUACCGGUGCUCGGAUAGUGGCGCUGCCGGGUCGGGUGGCGCCUUCCCCGGCCGAGGCGGCAACGCUCGCCGGUGCCUCCCGGCCCGCGCCCGGGGGCAGUAAGGAGGCGAGAACACAGCGGAAUCAGCGCCCGAGCCUUCUGAGGGGCAUGGCGACGGGCGGCGCGCACACCUCCGCAGGCUCCCCCCCGCGGCACAGCAAUCGGCUGGCGCUGGAGAAGUCUCCGUACUUGCAGCAGCACGCGCACAACCCCGUCGACUGGUAUCCCUGGGGAGAGGAAGCCUUUGAAAAGGCACGCACAGAAGACAAGCCCAUAUUCCUUUCGGUCGGGUACUCCACCUGCCACUGGUGCCACGUGAUGGAGCGCGAGUCGUUCUGCAGCGAGGCCGUCGCGAGCGUCCUCAACCGGCACUUUGUGAGCGUCAAGGUGGACAGGGAGGAGAGACCCGACGUCGACCAGGUCUACAUGGCCUUCAUCCAGGCCUGCUGUGGCGGUGGCGGUUGGCCCAUGAGUGUGUGGCUCACCCCGGACCUCCGGCCGCUCGUUGGCGGGACAUACUUCCCGCCAGAGGACAGCUUCUCCCGGCCGGGCUUCAAGACGGUGCUCACGCAAAUCGCCAAAAAGUGGCAGGUCGACCGCGGUGCGCUGCGCGAGAGCGGCGAGCGCGUGCUGGCCGAGCUGCGCCGCGUCGCCACCAUCCCGGCGAGGCGCGGUCGCCCCCUCCCGUCCGCCGAGGACGUCGCUGGCCUCUGCCUCUCGCAGCUCUUCUCGUCCUUCGACGACGUCCACGGCGGGUUCAGCGACGCUCCCAAGUUCCCCACGCCAGUGAACCUGAGUUUCCUGCUGGGGCUGUGGGCGCAGGACCGGAACUCUCGCGAUGGCGCCAAGGCGCUAGAGAUGUGCCUGCACACGCUGCGCAUGAUGGCGCACGGUGGCAUCCACGACCACAUUGGCCAGGGCUUCCACCGCUAUUCCACGGACGCAAACUGGCUCGUGCCACACUUCGAGAAGAUGCUCUACGAUCAGGCACAGCUCGCGGCCGCCUACGCCGCCGCCUUCCAGAUAACAAACGAUGGAUUUUAUGCCGGUGUGGCCAGAGACAUUCUGAUGUACGUCUCGCGAGACCUCAGCAGCCAGUCAGGGGGCUUCUACAGCGCGGAGGAUGCGGACUCGCUGGCUCCCGGAGUGAGCGGGGAGAAGAGGGAGGGCGCCUUCUACGUGUGGACGGCGGCCGAGCUGCGCGCCAUCCUGUGCGACCCUGUGCCGGGCUACGCCGACGGCACCAUGCUGGCCGACGUCUUCAUGCACCACUACGGCACGCAGGACGCUGGCAACGUCCUCCGCGCGCAGGACCCGCACGGCGAGCUGAGCGGACAGAACGUGCUGAGCGUGCGCUACUCCGCGGCGCUCACGGCCGCCCGCUUUGGCGUGACGGAGGCGGCGCUGGCGGAGGCGCUGGCGCUCUGCCGGCAGAAGCUCCUGGAGGCGCGAGCAGCCCGGCCUCGCCCGCACCGCGACACCAAGAUGAUCGCCGCGUGGAACGGGCUCAUGAUAUCUGGGUUUGCGCGCGCUGGCGGAGCAUUGGGAGACGCGGGGCUGGUCCGGCGUGCCGAGCGGGCGGCUGAGUUCGUGACGGUGCACCUGUUUGACCCCGUCACGGGCAACCUGACCCACAGCGCCUACCAGGGCCCCGACAACAACAUUGAGCAGAUCGCGGCGCCCGUGCCUGGCCUGCUGGCGGACUACGCGUGCGUGAUUCGCGCCCUGCUCGACGUGCACGAGGCCGGCCUGGAGCAGCGCUGGCUGGAGCUCGCCGAGCGGCUGCAGGGCCGCCAGGACCUCCUGUUCUGGGACGACGAGGGUCACGGCUACUUCACGACGCCCUCCACGCACCCGGGCCCGCUGCUGCGCAUGAAGGAGGACCAGGACGGCGCGGAGCCGAGCGGCAACUCGGUGUCGGCAGGGAACCUCCUACGGCUGGCGGCGCUGGCGGGACGCCCGGAUCUGAGCGAUCGCGCCGCUCGGCUCCUCACCGCGUUCGGCCCUCGUCUGGAGCGGGCGCCCAUCGCCCUGCCCGAGAUGACGGCCGUCCUACUGGCGCAUCACCGCGCGCUCACGCAGGUGGUCGUGAUCCGCGGCGACCGAGGAGCGCAGGACACCCAGGCUCUGCUGGACUGUGUCAACUCCACCUUCCUCCCGCAUAAGGUGCUGAUCAUGGCGGACGGACGCCCGGAGAGCUUCUCGUACCGGCGGCUGCCAUUCCUGGCGGAGCUGGAGAAGCUCAGCGGAGAGGCCACGGCGUACGUGUGCCACGGGAGCUCGUGCUCCGCACCGGUCGUGGGCGCGGAGGCGCUGCGAGCUCUGCUGCAGGCCUCCCCUGCGGCCGGCUCGUCCCAGUGAGGUCACCCCCGGAGCUCGGGCGGCGGACCGGGCAGCGAGUCGCUUAAAAAAAAAAACCCUAACGAGCCGAGGUGCAACAUCCCGUCGCACCACGCCGCGUGCGUGCGAGAGAGCUUGCCCGUUUGGAAUGCGGUGCUUCGUAGGUUACAGUUGUUGUGAUUGGCAGCUCGCAAUCAAAUGAGGAGGUCAGUGCUAAAUAUGUUUUCAUGGUUAAUUUGUAUGCUCUGUGAACAUUUUAUGCUAUCGGAUGUUAAAUAUUUAUUCAUUUAUAUAUUUAGUUAAAACGUAUCAUAAUUAUUUUCUAGUCCAAGGUCUGAAAUCUCAUCUUUAGAUAUGUUUUCUCUUGCUCUCGGCUAUGUUUUUGUUUUGUUGCAAAACUACGCAAAUACCACUGCAGUGAGGUCGUGUAGAAGGCUGCUUUGCUGAUCGACCGCGCGUUCUGCUGGUAAAUGCAGAAGCUUGCACUUAAGUGGAACACGCGACCGGCUGCAAGAACAGCUUGAGUUCAUCCCAGUGUUUUGCAGCCUUAAUGCGUUGACAAACACUGCAUGCCAGCUAAUUAUUAAAGCCAGGGAAAUAAUGUUGAAAAAUGUUGAGUGUCGCCCUAAUGCAUAUAUAAAAAAUAGCAGCUGUAUGCAUCUGCUAAUUCAGACACACAUCCCAGCAUAAUUAUAGCCAUCAGCAUUUCGAGACUGAAAGAGAGACAUGUGUUCCUUUUGAGGCACCGUACAAUAUCCAAUUAGAGAUCGUCUUGCCUGAAGAGAAGGAAGUAAAAAGCCAUGGAAAGUACAGGUGAAUGAUACAAACGUGUAAAUACAUGUAUGCAGUUUGUACGCGCAUACGUAUUCUCUAUGCAAAUGCAUACAGGUACGCUAAAGAUAUACAAGUAUAUUUGGUUUGAAUAUUAUAACACGGAUUGAUUUGACAUUUUAUAUUUGCCAGCUUUUGACUUGCUGCAGUUUGACCAAUUGAGGAGACCUCUGCUCGCUAAAAGGAGUGGUGGUGCCUUUGUUAGCCACGAUGCUACCGCUCCCCAACGCUCAUCUCUGCUUUAAUUGUGAAACAGAUAAGUCACUUGCCUGCUCUACGUUCAACAUGUAAACAGCUGUCCUGAUGUGAGAACUUAAAGGUGCAAUUAUUAGUUAAUGCCACCUUGACAGAUUUAAUGCACAAACGCCUCAAACCAAACACCCCGCACGAAAAUUAGACCACAGAGGGAAACAAAAGUGCACGUGUGAAAAUAUCGCCACCUACAUUUUUCCAAGCAGAUGUUUUUUUAUCGCAAAAAUUUAGCUUUUCUCCCACACGAAAUUAAUUUUACAUGGGAAACGUGAUAAGUGACAAAUGUAAGAGUUAAAAUAUAUAAUUUGUCUUGCGUACA